AACAAUCUCUCAACUCACAAAUUACUCUUUCCCAUUUCUGAAAGCUAACUUCUAGAUUUUAAUGGCAAAGAACCAAAUUACCACCAAAGAUUAUCAGUAUAAAAAGAUUUUCAAGGUGGAGAAUGCCAAAAAACAGUCUGAAAUAGAAGGAAAAUCAAAUAUGGUACUUAUAGACUACAAUCAUACACCAGGAAAAGCUCAGCAAAAGCAGGAACCUAAAGGUAACAAGUCAAAUGGUAGCAGGAAUGACAAGUAUUUUUCUGGUUAUAUUGAUCGAGUGAAGAACAAAAUGAGAACAACAACAUCAAGUGUUGGUGUUGACACUGAAAUUAGAAAGGCUGCAACAAGAAGAGAUAGUUUUAAUGAUAGAAUUUCUCAUUAUAUAAAUCGUGCCAAGCUCAAGAUUAGAACUACAACAAUUGUUGGACGUGGUGACCAAGGCGUAGCAAACUAGCUAAUUUAAUUGUAUUUCUAUUUUAUUAGUAUUGUAUUGUACUAUUAUGUUGGAUACAAUAUUUAGUAUAAUUUACUACUAAAAAA